AGUUGCUCUUAUAGACGUUAGAUAGAUCGUAGCCGCAUGCCAUCACCUUCUCGGUAGCUCAAACGACGCCACAGACAUUUGGGUCAUGGCGAGGCUUCCAGCUCUGCUGCUGCUGGCAGUUGCCCUAUCCGCUGCUAGCGUGCGUAGUUCAUCCUUCCCAACUGAGGUUGUAGAACUUACAGAUGCGAACUUUGAGCACGACACGCAAGCAUCGACCGGCCAGACAACGGGCGUGUGGGCAGUGCUCUUCACGGACAGUAAUGUAAAGCGGCAUGACCGAGCAGUGGCGAUAUUCGAGGAACUAGCAAAGGAUGAGGACAAGGAGGUCAUCUACGCCAAGGUCGACGUGGCAGGCAAUCGCAAGCUGGCUCGCCGCUUCGGAGAGGUGGUGCUGCCGCCAUGCGUGCUGCUCUUCCGAGACAGACAGAUGUACUUGUUCGACGGAUCCUUCGACCGCGAUGACGUGUCCCAGCAUGUGCGCGACUUCGUCACCAGCGGCUUUGCAAACCAGGAGCCCCUGGACGUUCCAGCGCCCUCCGAGAAGCAGCUCAACCUGCAAGCGUUCGAGGCUAGCAGCCAGAUGGACAUGAAGGUGGUGGGGAUAGCCGUGCUGAUGAUCGUGGGGGGCCUGCUCUUUCAGACCUGGGCCAUCAUCAACAAAGACAAGUUUAAGCCCGAGCCCAGCUCGCAGAAACAGCAGCAGCAGCAGGAGAAGCAGCAGCGGAAAGA